GGCGGGGCGGGGCGGGAUGGGGCAGCGGCGGGAGGCGCCCGGGAGGGUCCGUCGGGCCUCGGCGCGGAGGGGAGGUUUCUUUAGACUCUGCUGAUUGGCAAAAGAUGGGAGAGAUAGAAGGAACAUACAGAGUCUUGCAGACUCCUGGCUCUCGUUUGGGUGUCCAGAAGGCCACAGGAGUGAGCACCUUGGAGGCAGGACAGAACUUCUCUACUGCAAUGGCAUCAUUGCCUGCCAAAACACAUGAGAAGGACUUACCCAUCAAAAUAAAGAUGUUGGACAACACGGUGGAAGUGCUUGACAUUGAGUCAAAAUACUAUGGCCAGACAUUGUUGACAGAAGUUUACAAGCAUCUGAAUUUGAUAGAAUCAGAUUACUUUGGGAUUGAGUUCCAGAACAUCCAGUCAUAUUGGAUUUGGCUGGAACCUAUGAAACCUGUCAUUAAACAAGUACGGAGACCAAAGACAACAAUGCUUCGUCUAGCUGUGAAGUUUUUCCCUCCAGACCCGGGUCAGUUGCAAGAGGAAUAUACAAGGUACCUGUUUGCUUUGCAAAUCAAGAGAGACUUGGCAGAGGAACGACUGACCUGCAGUGACAAUACAGCUGCUCUUCUGGUCUCUCACCUCCUGCAAUCUGAAAUAGGGGAUUUUGAUGAAUCAGAGGACCGAGAACACCUUAAAACAAACCAGUAUUUGCCAAACCAGGAAAGGAUUGAAGGAAAGAUUCUGGAGUUCCACAGGAAGCAUGUGGGUCAAACUCCUGCAGAAUCUGACUUCCAAGUUCUUGAAAUUGCUCGGAAGCUGGAGAUGUAUGGCAUCAGAUUCCACCUUGCAUCUGACCGUGAGGGCACCAAAAUUAAUCUAGCUGUUUCACACAUGGGUGUGCUGGUAUUUCAGGGUAAUACGAAAAUCAACACCUUCAACUGGUCGAAGGUCCGUAAACUGAGCUUCAAGAGGAAAAGAUUCCUUAUUAAACUUCACCCAGAGGGCCCAUAUCAAGACACGUUGGAGUUUCUUUUGGGAAGUAGGGAUGAAUGUAAAAACUUCUGGAAAAUCUGUGUUGAAUAUCACACCUUCUUUAGGCUCUUUGAUCAGCCAAAGCCAAAGGCUAAAGCAGUGUUCUUCACCAGAGGGUCAUCAUUCAGAUACAGUGGACGAACUCAGAAGCAACUAGUGGAUUAUAUUAAGGACAGUGGGAUGAAGAAAACCCCAUAUGAAAGGAGGCACAGCAAAGCCAGAGCAUCCACUCGCGCUUCGAACACCGACGUGCCGAAACAGAGUGUCCCAUUCACUGAGGGCUUGAGAACCCCAGGGUCUCCUGCCUCAGCAGCUGCCCCCUUCCACUCAGUUCACUCAUCGGCCACUCCUACUCCUGUCCUGCCCAGCUUUGCAGAAACCAGCCCUUCCUCUUUGGACCCCCGAGCACCAUAUACAAGGAUCCCAGAAAAAAACACUGCAGCACCAGCAGAAGAAGUGGGGAGGAAACUGAUGCAGCAGCCUGGAUCUCCCAUGCUCCAAGGUGUUGGGUUUGGCCUCCCAGUGGACCAUCCCCAGCUCUCUUCCCUCAUGCUGAAGAGUUCCCUGGGCUUGAACCCAGCGUUUCAGGUGAACUUGAAUGCAGCUGGCCAGGGUUCAUCUCCUCUUCUGAGUCCUGUCCUCAGUGAUGCUGGUGGUGCCAGGAUAGAAGAGGACGACGAAAUGAAACGUAAGCGUUUUCCAGCUGACAAGGCCUAUUUCAUAGCAAAGGAGAUUCUUGCUACAGAACGGACCUAUUUAAAGGACCUGGAAGUUAUUACAGUGUGGUUUCGCAGUGCAGUCAUCAAGGAGAAUGCUAUGCCAGAGGGCCUGAUGACAUUACUCUUCUCUAACAUAGACCCAAUUUAUGAGUUUCAUCGAGGCUUUCUGAAAGAGAUUGAGCAAAGACUGUCACUCUGGGAAGGAAAAACCAAUGCUCACAUGAAGGGAGAUUACCAGCGCAUCGGAGACGUCAUGCUCAGGAAUAUGCGCACUCUGAAGGAGUUUACCAGUUACCUGCAGAAGCAUGACGAGGUCCUGACAGAACUGGAGAAAGCAACUAAACGCCUGAAGAAGCUGGAAAUGGUUUAUAAGGAGUUUGAGCUGCAGAAAGUUUGCUACCUGCCCCUCAACACCUUUCUGCUCAAGCCAAUCCAGAGGCUGAUGCACUACAAGUUGAUCCUGGGGAGACUUUGCAAGCACUACACAGCAGAGCACCGGGACUUUGCAGAUUGCAGGAAUGCACUGAAGGAGGUGACAGAAAUGACAUCUCAGCUGCAGCACAGUCUGAUCCGCCUGGAGAAUUUCCAGAAGCUGACAGAGCUGCAGCACGACUUGAUUGGUAUAGAUAACCUCACAGCACCUGGGAGGGAGUUCAUCAGGGAAGGCUGCUUGUACAAGCUCACCAAGAAGGGUUUACAGCAGCGGAUGUUCUUUCUGUUCUCAGAUAUGUUACUGUACACAAGCAAAGGGGUUACAGGGACAAAUCAGUUCAAAAUCCAUGGACACCUUCCUCUGCAUGGCAUGUUGGUGGAGGAGAGUGAGAAUGAAUGGGCUGUCCCACACUGCUUCACCAUCUAUUCAGCACAAAAAACCAUAGUGGUGGCAGCAAGUACUCGCUUGGAGAUGGGGAAGUGGAUGGAAGACCUGAACAUGGCAAUUGAAAUGGCCAAGAAAUCUACUGAGAAAUCUGACAUGCUUCUGGAAAACUCUCUAUGCAAUCGCUCCAACAGAUCCUCUGAUGAGGUCUCUCUAGAGCAGGAGUCUGAAGAUGACAUACACUCUUCUCGUAGCUCCCUGGACAGGCAGAGCCACCACCGUGCCAACACAACCAUGCACGUGUGCUGGUACCGCAACACCAGCGUCUCCAUGACUGACCACAGUGUGGCUGUCGAGAACCAGCUCUCUGGAUACUUGCUGAGGAAGUUCAAGAACAGCAAUGGCUGGCAGAAACUGUGGGUUGUCUUCACCAACUUCUGCUUGUUCUUCUACAAAACACAUCAGGAUGAUUAUCCCUUGGCCAGUCUCCCACUGCUGGGCUAUGCAGUCAGCUCCCCUCUGGAGGCAGAUGGCAUUCAGAAGGAUUUUGUCUUCAAGCUGCAGUUCAAGUCCCAUGUGUAUUUCUUCAGGGCAGAGAGCAAAUACACCUUUGAGAGGUGGAUGGAGGUGAUCAAGAGAGCCACCAGUACUCCAGCCAGGUCGAGCUUGCUGCUCCCAAAAGAUGAGAAGGACAGUCACACAGACUGAAGCAGGGCAGAGCUGGAUCUCUGCUGGAAACAUCAACAAAAGAGGCAGGUGGAAACAGGAGUCUCUGGGGUUGAUAAAACGCAGAACCAGGAAGCUCAUUUUCCACCUGGUACAGAAAGUGGGAGCAAGGGAGUUGCAAACAAGGAUCACAUCCUUUCCCAAUGGUACGGAAGAGGGUCAAGUCUGUUCAGGUUGAACCUCCUCAGAGAGAAGCCAACAACCGCAGAGCUCCAGCGCGCACCCGUCGUGGGAGGGUUAUUGUUCCCCUUGCACCUGUACAGUAAAACCCUUGCAGAUGCCACCUUGUUUUUACAUUCUGACUGGAUGGUCAGCAUAUACAGGAGCAAAACAGCAGCUGUCAGUGUGUGAUGGGCUCCCAGCCAGGGCUUGCUGGCUCCCAGCAAUCCCUUUUCCUAAGGCCUGGCGUGGCUGGCUGUACAGCCUGCCUUGCUGCUGGCACAGUCAGACUAAUGGGCUCCACAGGUGUGAACACAGCUCCUUGUGAACAGGAACUGCAGUUCUCGUGCAACAGCUCUGCUCUCUAGAAGCUUUUCCAGGGGGAAGUCAGAGGACUGGCCCUCUGCUCAGCUGAUGAGGCUUUGGUGUCUUGUGGGUCGGUACAGGUUGGGCUUGUGGUUUUUCCUCUGUACUCUGCUAUGGCACAUGCUAAGAAGGUCAAUCACUAUUUUCAUGUCACAGCUCCAGAGUUUCUUUAUCCUGCAGUAGGCAUUGCUUAAGGCAUGGGAUGGCAAACACACUCCCCACCCCGAUGUGGGGGAUGUUUUCAAGGCAUUUAAGCAAUACAGGAGAACAAGCUUCUCUGAAAGUCACUGUUACUUGUGCUUGGGUCACACAAAGACUUCUGAAAAUACCUAUUCUUACCUUUACAUUUGGGGUGGGAUCCAUCUUCUGUUUCUCAUGAAGGUGCAAAAGUCACUGGAUUCCAGAUGGAGCAUUAGUGUCUGGGGACUCUAUUAAAUCUCUGUAUUAAAUCUGAAAGGUUUGUAGCUUGUUCUGUUUUUGUAAAAGCUGUCACCUUCAGUUGCCUCUGUGGAAGGACUGAAAUAAGCUAAGUGCCACAAAAAGCUGUUGGAUGUGGCUUUGAUGGGCUCUAGGAACUCUACUUUUAUAUUAGAUAGAAAAGUUUCUGUGUAUUAGAAUAAGGAACAAUGAAGUGGUGUAGUGAAAGAACAAGGAAAGUGUUGGAUGUUGGGAGGAUGGAGGAGUGUGGAGAGCCCUGUGAAAAGGGGACGUUCAGAGGCCAGCAUGUGCAUUCUCCAAGGCUGGUUCAGGUUAUGGUCUAGAACAUAUGCAGGAUGAGGACUGCAGGGAGGGGGGUCCAGAGGGAUUUUCCAGACCUCUUACAUGGAAUUUGCAUCCUGGAGGAGAUGACUGACUGCAGAUCCAGCCUUCACUACCCCUGUCACAGUGACCAUUGUCCCAUGUAAGUUAAAUGUACUUAAUUUAUUAGUGUCUUCAUUUUUUUUUUUUAAUUAACUGUUGUACCUGUACACACAUGGAUUGACUAGAUACAAUGCAGCUGACUGUGACUGCUGAAAAUAAAUAGCAUCUUGGUAUAAAA